AGUUUGUGCUCAUCCGUCGGAGUGUUUUGGUGUUCGGUGAUGACGCGAACGCAUCAACGCAACGCGCGUGUUACAUUCGAUAUAGCCUCUACAGCGACAGCUGCGUGUCAACGUUAGUGCGUGCGGCAUCAGCAGUUAAAGUGUCGCCCGAAAAUAGUAAAGUUUUAAUAAUUAUAAUGUUAGCAAUUGCAAUUGAUAUUGACGUUGUGUUUUAGUGAACGACACGCAUGUGUUUCUUGAGUAGACGACGCUAAAUUGUUUGAAAAAAAGUUAAUUUGUUGCAAGUGCAGCAUUAAGUGUGCGUAGAUUGAAGGCUAUAAGUGCAAGAGAAUUAUAUGUUAAUACCAAAUACAUUCAUACGAAUGAUGAAUAUAUAGCAAAUUUUUGGAAACCAAAGAGAAGUGCGGCAGAAAACGGCAGAUAUUGUCAUAUUGGAGUGUCAUAUCAAGUAAAAAUAAGUUAAAAUAUAUACAUUCAUAUCUGCAAAGUUUGCAAAAGCAAAAACCAAAAACAAAAAAAAAAAGCCGAGUUAACUUCAAUUAGAAUAUGCUAGCAUCUUAAGCCACACGUGUGCCGUGUCUACGAAAUUCCUGGGGUGUCUGUUGCGGAAAGUUCAUAAACGUGUUUAAACGAGCUUAGGUACCAGCUUUGAUCGUGGAAAUAACAAAGAAAUUCAAAAGAUUUGCAACAAAACUACUAAAUGCCAUAAGAAAUAAUUAUCGUGAAGAGUGAAAACAAAACUACCCUUACGUCUCGAUAAAGUUGAGUAAGUCUACGCUAGCUCGUGGUGACUGCUACGCGCUUUAUCGCACUUUUUGUCACUCCAUCCGAGAGACUAUUGGUCUUGAGCUCAUCGAGUCUGCUGUGUUGUGGCUGGAUUCAUUACUGUGGCCAGUGGAAAAAACUGUCAUCAAAGUGUAAUGAUAAUGUUAACAAUGUGGAAAAUUUUUAUUGCGUUCACAUUGGUGACGUUGCGCGCGACAUUUGUGGCAGCACGCUUGCAUUCGUCCAACAGUUUGAUGUUGCAUGCAGCCGGAGGUGGCGGUGGUAGCGGUGGCAUUGGCGGCCUGACUGGCGGCUCGUUAACCAACAAAGAUGCGCAUGUGAAAACAAAAGACAUCGAUGCCGUGGAAGGCAAAUCCGUCUCCCUGCCAUGUCCGAUCAGUGCACCGCUGAGUGACGUUUACAUGGUCUUAUGGUUCCGCGAUAAUGCUGGUAUACCCUUAUAUAGCUUUGAUGUACGCGAUAAAGUGAAUAACGACCAACCGCGGCAUUGGUCAGCGCCGGAGGUGUUCGGUUCUCGUGCCAAAUUUCACUUCGAUUCACAGCCGGCAACAUUGGAAAUUAAGGAUAUCAAGCGACACGACCAAGGUGUUUACCGCUGCCGCAUCGACUUUCGUACAAGUCAAACGCAGAGCUUCCGCUUCAAUCUCACCGUAAUAAUACUUCCCGAACAGCCAAUUAUAUUGGAUCGCUGGGGGCGACAGCUGAACGGCACGCUACUCGGACCGAAGCAAGAAGGUGAUGAUAUUGUUAUCACGUGUCGUGUGGUGGGAGGUCGCCCUCAACCCCAAGUACGAUGGCUCGUAAAUGGACUACUUGUCGACAAUCAAUACGAACACAAUUCCGGCGAUGUUAUCGAGAAUAGGCUACUUUGGCCAUCGGUUCAACGGACUGAUUUAAAUUCCGUUUUUACUUGUCAAGCAUUGAAUACACAAUUAGAUAAGCCUAAGGAGAAAAGCUUUUUGCUUGAUAUGCAUUUGAAACCGCUGACGGUGAAAAUAAUUGAGCCACCCAAUUCGAUGGUGGCGGAUCGUCGCUACGAAGUCAUAUGUGAAUCAACCGGCUCACGUCCGAAUGCCAUCAUCACCUGGUACAAGGGGAAGCGGCAAUUGCGGCGCACAAAGGAUGAUAUCUCCAAGAAUGUUACACGCUCUGAGCUAAGUUUUGUGCCCACCACAGAUGAUGAUGGCAAAUCAAUAACUUGUCGUGCUGAGAAUCCAAAUGUGAAUGGCCUCUAUCUGGAGACAAUGUGGAAGUUGAAUGUCGUAUAUCCGCCUUUGGUAACGCUGCGACUUGGUUCUACUCUCACACCUGAUGAUAUUAAAGAAGGAGACGACGUAUAUUUUGAGUGUCACGUACAAUCGAAUCCUCAAUGGCGGAAGCUCUUGUGGUUGCAUAAUAACAUUCACCUCGAGCACAACACUUCCGCUCGCGUCAUACGCUCCAAUCAGAGUUUGGUACUGCAGAAAAUCACCAAACACUACGCAGGAAAUUAUGCUUGCAGCGCCAUCAACGACGAGGGUGAAACUGUCAGCAACCAACUACCGCUGCGUGUAAAAUACACACCUGUUUGCAAGCAUUUGGAUCGUGUCAUACUAAUUGGCGCCUCAAAGGAUGAAACUGUCGAAGUCACGUGUGAAAUACAAGCCGAUCCGCCCCCCAGAACUUUUCGUUGGAAGUUCAAUAAUUCGGGUGAAACAUUAGAUGUGGGCAGUGAACGCUUUAGCGUAAAUGACAGCAGAAGUGUGCUCAAGUACACACCGAUAUCUGAUCAGGAUUACGGCACUCUAUCCUGUUGGGCUUCCAAUGAAGUUGGUACGCAAAAUCAGCCGUGUCUCUUCCAAGUCGUGCUAGCUGCUCUCCCCAAUGGUGUUUCGAAUUGCUCCAUCGUUAAUCGCACGGAUGUCAGUGUCGACAUUCAAUGCAUUCCCGGCUAUGAUGGUGGAUUGCCACAGAUUUUCGUACUCGAGAUGUUCUCUGCACGCACAGGACUAACAAGAUUUAAUUUGACAAAUGUUGAGGAGCCACAGUUUUCUCUGGAAAAUCUCGAUACAUUGACAUCAAUGAUGACACAGGAAAACAACUCAUUGAAAUUGCGCAUUUAUGCUUACAAUCAAAAGGGCCGUAGUCCUUUGUAUCUGCUGUCGGAUUUCAUUAUUGGCUCGUCAGCGUACAAAUCAGAUGAAGUAUCCAUUACGCUUUCGCCGGUGCUGGUUGGCAGUGGUCUUACCGUUGUCAUCAUUAGUUUGGCCAUCAUUGUGCGCAUAUUCAUUGUAACAUUUUUGCAUAAUUUGCGACGCAAUCAGCAGCACAGCACCAAACCCAUAGUGACCGGUGUGGCAGCGCAGGCGGGCGAUGUCCUGAAGUGCGGUGGCAUGGAAAAACCGCGUUGGCAGCAUACGGACAUUAAAACUAAAUCAUCCGAAGAUCUGGUAGAAGAUGAACGAGAUCCGGAUGUUAUACCAUCCCAAUACGUUACGGCUGGCAAUAGUAGUGGCGUCAUUGGUGGUAGUGGCAGCAACGUAGGAAGCGGCAACGACAGUAGUAACAGCGGUGAUGGCGGCGGCGGCAGCGGAAGUGGCAACGCUGGUAGUUCUGAGCUACACUUUACACCAAUAGCAGCCACAAAGUGGUCACCAAAUUCCAAAGCUGUCACACUAGGUGUGCCUAUUAAGAAGACAAUUGUGUUCAUGUGA